AUGCGGUUCCUUAUGCGAAACGCCGCCUUAGGGAAGACGGAAAUGGUACGAGCCUUUGAGUACCAGAUCAAGUCGGACCGCAUCACGCCCGAGGACGCCAACAAGAUAAUGAAGGACAUAGCAUUGACAAUCGGUGUCCACCCCUUUUUGCUCGGUGUCGAACCGGAGUCUGUCGGCCAGGUCUAUAUCCCGGAAGGCAUUAAGUUGGCCAUGAUGGAGACUUCGAGCGCCCGGGUAUAUGUUGACAAGAAAGCGAAAUACAGCACCUCGCUGAAUGGCGGCAAACGCCAUCAAAUCCCUCGCCUUCUUGUCGAUAUUGCCAAAGUCAACCAGGCAGAGGCCAGUAUCCGAGCUGUUGUUGUGUGCGAACACCGCAGCAUCGUGGAGAAAUUCCCCAAGGCCUUUGAAGACGCCCGGUUUCGUGGGGUGUUCCUGGUAACGACUGGCGGCUACCCCGAUGUGGCGACCCGGGAGUUUCUGCAUAUCUUGGCCAGGCAUCGUGCCUUCAAGACCGUGCCAUUCCUCUACAUCUCCGAUGGCGAUCCCAAUGGCAUUGAGAUAUAUGCCGUCCUCAAAUUCGGCUCAAAGGCAUGUGCGUUUGCCGCGCCGCAGAUGACAUGCCCGAACCUGAAAUGGGCUGGGCUCUCCCUGGCCCAAUACCAAAUGUUCGUGAAAUCCUGGCCUGACCGAUUCGGCCCGACCCUGCCGCCCCUGAGUGCCGAGAAGACCAAGGAGGCCAUGGAGGACGCCCAAAAAGCUGCAGAUGCCGCUGUGGAGCGUGUACAUACGCUCAAGGUUCGGAAACCAACACGCCAAAGCAAGCGGACGGUUGCCACCCUUCUUGGGAACGACUGCUUUGACGACGAAUUGGAGGGCGACGCUCGUGCCGAGCUGGAACGCCUGGAAGUAGGGCCAAAGGUCGAUUUUUUCGACCUUAUGCAGCCGGAUCCCCAUGGGGUUGUCGAGUUCAUCGUAGAGGCCGUGUCCGCGGAGCUAGGGGAAAUUGACUCUGCCCGCCCUAGACGAUUUUACAGCCUCAGUGAGGCCCAGAAGGCGGCGGCGGCAGCAGCAGAAAGUUCCGAGUCGGAAGAAGAAGAGUCGGGAUCCUGGUCGCCCUAGAUAGUUUGAAAAAAUGAAAAUGAAUGCCAGGGAUGAUUCUGAAUUGUCGCAGUACCAACUACUAGUAAUUGGUGCGGAUGGAGC